CAGAAAUCGUAAACCAACAAACAACACAUCGAGGAUCGCAAUACUUAGAAAUCUGGGGGUUUGAAACAGGCCAUCCGCACAAGAAAACUUCGAUUAUUGUCCACCCAGAAUGCCAUCAGCCAAAGCAGAAGAGAGGGGCGAGUCCUCAACCUCCAUCUCCAAGGCUGCAACCUCGGUCUCCGCAAGCUCUUCCCCGACCUACGAGCUACCAUGGGUAGAAAAGUACAGACCAGUUUUCCUUGACGAUGUGGUCGGCAACACAGAAACGAUCGAGCGCCUCAAGAUUAUCGCAAAGGAGGGCAACAUGCCCCAUUUUAUUAUUUCAGGCAUGCCUGGUAUCGGCAAGACGACGAGUGUUUUGUGUCUGGCAAGGCAAUUACUAGGUGAUGCGUACAAGGAGGCGGUACUGGAGUUGAAUGCCAGUGACGAGCGAGGCAUUGAAGUAGUCCGCCAGCGCAUUAAAGGCUUCGCCCAGAAGAAAGUCACCCUCCCCCCAGGUCGGCACAAGAUCGUAAUCCUCGACGAAGCCGACAGCAUGACCUCGGGCGCCCAACAAGCGCUUCGCCGCACAAUGGAAAUCUACUCCAACACCACGCGCUUUGCCUUCGCCUGCAACCAAUCCAACAAGAUCAUCGAACCUCUGCAAUCCCGCUGCGCAAUCCUGCGCUUCGCCAAGCUCACCGACGCGCAAGUCGUCAAACGCCUGCUGCAAAUCAUCGAAGCCGAAAAAGUCGAGUACAGCGACGACGGCCUGGCCGCGCUGGUCUUCAGCGCCGAGGGAGACAUGCGGCAGGCGAUUAAUAACCUGCAAUCUACACACGCCGGCUUCGGCUUCGUGAGCGGGGAUAAUGUCUUUAAAGUUGUGGAUAGCCCGCACCCGAUCAAGGUGCAGGCGAUGCUCAAGGCCUGCUACGAGGGUAAUGUUGAUGCGGCUCUGGACGGGCUGCGGGAGCUGUGGGACCUGGGGUAUUCCAGUCAUGAUAUUAUCAGCACCAUGUUCAAGGUCACAAAGACGAUUCCGACGCUGAGCGAGCACGCUAAGCUCGAGUUUAUCAAGGAGAUUGGGUUUACGCAUAUGAAGAUUUUGGAGGGCGUCCAGACACUGUUGCAGUUGAGCGGGUGCGUGGCGAGGUUAUGUAAGUUGAACAUGGAUCCGAAGAAGUUUGCGGUACCGAAGAAGUGAAUAAGGGGGGGCUUCGCGAAGAAAAGAAAAACAAAAUUGCGAAGGGGGUGAUCCUGGGGCAGGAAUAAUGAGGUUCAUAAAAGAUAAUACCCGAGCGAAAGCUAUGAAUUGAAUUGUUUACUCGGCGUUGGUUUUGAUGUUUAGUCAACUGGCAUAGCAUACUGCACUACAGAGAAAGGAGUAUAGAUGGUUAGCAUGUAGCAUUUGCGGUGUAGCCGGCAGCGGAGCAUGAAGUGUAG